AAUCUGUCACUGUAUACACUGAUGAGUUAAAAAGAACGACGCAAAGCUGUAAAAUUGAAGGCAGUUAUUUUGUUGAAUUUGUUUGGAAUCUAGAGAAAUUACUGAAUCAAAUUUCAAUACGUGCUGACACAAGACCUGCUUGUAGCAGUGCUUUGUUCUUUCCAAACCAUUGAAUAUUUUGUGUGUCAGACUGAGAAACAUGUCAGAGGAGGUGAAGUCAGAGAGCCUUUCACUGUGUGCUGUAAGCAUGGCAGCUACCCGUGAACCGGAGCUAAUUUGCAUUUUUGGAACUGGGGAUUUAGGGCGCUCUUUAGGCCAGCGUCUGCUCCAGACUGGCUACAGGGUGGUGUACGGCAGCCGCAGACCUCACAGCUGUGGUCCAUUACCUUCGGGAACUCAGGCAAUGAGCCAUGAGGCAGCGGCCAAAUCAGCCAGUCUGGUCUUUAUUUGUGUUCACAGAGAACACUAUGACUUUCUGGAGGCACUUGCACCCCAACUCCAGGGGAAGGUGCUGGUGGAUGUCAGCAACAAUCUUAAGAAGAAUCUAUACCCAGAGGCCAAUGCCGAGUAUCUGCAGAGGCUAAUCCCUGAAGCUCAUGUGGUGAAAGCUUUUAACACCUUGUCUGCCUGGGCCCUUCAGAAUGGACCCUCAGAUGCCAGUAGACAGGUGUACCUGUGUGGGAACGGUGCUGAAGCUAAGCAGACAGUGGAAGAGACGGCUACCAAACUGGGCUUCACUAUUGUGGAUAGAGGUUCUCUGUCUGCAGCCAGAGAGCUGGAGGACUUCCCCCUGCAGCUGUUCCCACAAUGGAGGCUGCCCAUGUACCUGCCCAUUGGCCUCACUGCCGCCUUCUUCUUCUAUCUGGUCAUGAGAGAUGUCGUCUAUGCAUAUGUUACACAGGGGAAAGACGUCUCCUUCAGAAUUAUGAUAUCCAUUGCCAACAAGGUGUUUCCCAUUGUUUCUCUCAUCCUGCUGUCCCUGUGUUACCUGCCUGGAGUCAUUGCUGCUUUUCUUCAGCUCUACAGAGGAACCAAAUACAAGCGUUUCCCAGACUGGUUGGAUCACUGGAUGCUGUGCAGGAAGCAGUUGGGUCUUUUGGCUCUUGCCUUGGCUUCCCUGCAUGUAUUGUACACUCUUAUCAUUCCUAUAAGGUAUUAUGUGAGAUACAGGAUUUCAGCAAUAACUAUCUCACAGAUCAAGGAGAACAAAACGUCAGUGUUUGACACUACCAUGGCCUGGCGCACUGACUCUUACUACUCCAUGGGAGUUCUUGGAUUUGGCCUGUAUCUCCUGUUGGGAAUAUCCUCCCUCCCCUCUGUUAGCAACGCUCUCAGCUGGAGAGAGUUCAGCUUUAUCCAGUCCAAACUUGGAUACCUGACAUUAUUCUUCUGUACGUUUCACACUUACCUGUACGGUUGGGACAAAUUUCUUCACCUCUCCGCCUACAAAUGGUACACUCCUCCAGGCUACAUGCUCUCUCUGGUGGUGCCGUCUGUGGUGCUGGUGCUCAGGCUGCUGCUAUUUCUGCCUUGCCUGGACAGAAGCCUCACUCGCAUCCGACAGGGCUGGGAGAGAAUGGAUCCCGAGGAUGACAGCAAGAAAACACUGCUAACGUAGGACUGUCAGUAUUAGACACAAAUGCAGUGGUUUGCAUGAAAAACAGACAAAGACUUGGAGACUUGUCUGUUACAUGCCUCAGCAAUAUUAUUAUGCAACUAAAUAAAGUCAUUAACUAAGCUGUUCACACACUUAUAUCAUGGUAACAUGGCUGUAUUUUAUUUAAAGCCUCACUCUGGUUUUUACAGGAAUACAAAAACCACAAUAUAUAGUCACUUUUUUCUAUAUUUCAUCAACAACCUGCAGUUAGUCAAUGUGUUACAGGUCAAAGUUUAUUGGAUUUAUUUUACUUAUCCUAUUAAUCUGUCUUUUUCUAUGAAUCUUUGUUUUGGACUCAUUUGUCAGUGGUUUUCCAUUUUCCUUAAUCUGUGUUAAAAUACUAUUAAAAUAAAACUAAACAGUGUAUUCCUCCUUUUUUCAUAAUCAAUCAUUUUCCAUCUAGAAGCUUUUUUUGAAUGUAAAAAUAGUAAUUUGUUUACCACAAAUCAUAAAAAAGAUCACAAUGGUGAGUGUGAAAGAGUGGCAAAGCGAAUAGCUGAGUGAUAAUGUCUAGUUUAUUGAAUGCAGUGUUUGAUGCCACAGAAAGUCGCUGAUGUGUGUGAAAAAUGACAGAGAUGAAUCUAACCAGAUGCCCAGGUAUUUGUAAAUUUAAAUAAUAAUUUAGGGCUGACUCAUCUGCUCUUGGGGGCAUUAAAGGCAUUUUUUUUAAUUAAAGAUGCAUCUUUUUUUUUUUUUUUUUUUUUUUUUUUUUUUGCUAAUAAGGGAAAGAUAAAGGUUUUUAAACUCAUCUUACAUGGGGAGUAUUUUGCUGUGUGUUUUGUUAAAACAUUCUUUGUUUAGAUGUCUCAGCCUGAGCCCUCAUCCUGCUGGUCGAUGCUGUUCUCUGAGACCUAUUUUCACUGAGCAAAGGCUAUGAAGAUCUAUUUAAAAAUAUACAGUAAACAUGUAGUAAAAAUGUAGUAAUGUUUUGUAUGCAUACUCUGUACUCUGUAUGUAUACUCUGUGUAUAUAUAUAUAUAUAUAUAUAUAUAUGUGUGUGUGUAUAUUGUUAUUUUUUCCAAUAAGAUUCUUGUCUUUGUAAGGAACUUGUGUUAAAAGCAGAAUCUUCUUCAAAGCUUAAACUUCAAAGUCCUUUAUCAUAAAUCAUGAAUGAUAGGUGUGCCACAUGCGAUGCAGAGUUCACAUGUACAUCAUUCAAAUUUUAAGAAUCUACAACUUUUAUUUCUAUGUACUUAAAAAAAUAAAACAAUUAUUAC